AUAGUGUUACGUUAGAGAAAAUAUUUUGAGUCAUUUUGAGUUAUUUUGUUAAGUGUGCAUACCAAAAACAUUACGUCCAAACGUCAAAGUUAAAACCACUGGGAACCGUGCAGAGAACGUUGGCUUGAAAUCAAACAAGGUACAGAGAGUUUACUUGCCGAACGGAAAUCAACGACAUCCGCUUGACACACACAUCAACACUCGGAAAGAUCGGCACAAAGCACGAAGUGGAGUGAUGACCGGUGGCUUGACCAGCAAGCAGAAAACAUCGUGCUGCCGGACGAUAAGGACGGAUGCGGUGUGACCGCCAUCGGAACAGUCGCCUUCGGAACUAAGGUCGCACAGCAAGUACCGCUUUCACCCGUGGGUCUGAGGAGAAACCGGACGGAAAUUUUAGCUGGCAAAAAAUCGCUCAUUUGCUGAGCAUCAGCACGGCGCUCCUUCUCCGAUCGCGAACUGGGACAUGCAUGAACCGCUUCGAAGAGGGUCCAUCAACCGAUCAUCCGACCGCACGUUUCUCGGGCGGCGUCGCACGCGAUCUUCGUUCUAAGUGGGAAUCACGCUCAUCGAACAGCACUGUGUCCUUGUUGGACUGGUGUGCCUUGCACAAAACACGAAUUGCAUGCACCAUUCGACGAGCAAUCCGUAGGAAACAGCACCAUUCUAAACUGCACGGUUGUUGGCAGGCACAGCGUACCCGCAAAGUGUGCGGCGGUGGAUGAUACGAGUUAAAACCAGAGCAACCACCUAGGUGAGUCCCUUUGACCGUAGUGUGACAAGCGUGGACUAACGGAACCCUUCUCCCCAGAUCUAAACCUAGCCACACAGAACGAACUCGACGCCCAGCGAUUGGCCAUCCACGGGAUCUGUUACAAACGGAAAAGCCUUCAUAAGAAGUAGGUUCCCCAUCCUCGCCAUUAAUAGGGGACCUCGAGAUACUAAUUUGAGUACGUGUCAGGGCUUUUCUUUCAGAGCCUCGAAUCUUUUGGCAGCGUCCACCCGGACGGCUCCACGGACGGGAUCCGACUGGAGGCAGACGUGGGCAAGCGAGACACGAUCACCACCGUACCGGAGCAACCUGCAGUGAGCAGCGAGAAGCCACGGAGGACGCAUUCGCCACACCGGAAUACGGUUCCGACUUCUAAGACGACGGGGAAAAGAAGAGCCGUGUCCAGCCCGACGCAUCACCCGGCUCGCAUCAGAUUGCCCUGGGUCAUCCCGGACGACUGUCCGGACGGAAAUCGAUUGGAGACGGACGGGGGCAAGCGAAACACGGCCACGACGUACUGCAGUAGCCUGCGGCGUGUAGCGAGAAGCGACGGAGGAAAAUUCGUCUCACCUGAAGACGACUCGGGCUUCCAAGGCCGACAGUGGUUCCAGUCGACGCGUCAGUCCGUGCGCAUAUCCAUGAGCGGACAUUUGUGGACUUGCGAAAUGUGGGCGUAUCAAGCCGAGUGAUAAGCGGCGCGGAGCCGACAAGAAGACGGGUGCACCCAGGAAGAAAACGAGCGUGAGUACCGAAGAAGAUUAUGUAGUAUGGGAAGAAACUAGUUAGAAGCUAGGGAUCAGAAGGCAGGAGACAGAAUGUUUGGGAAAACGUAAUAAAGGGUUUGCACACUGAAUUUGAAACUUUGCGUCUUAUGUUGUUAGCCGGUCCGAUCAAUGCCCCUUUCUCACCAGCAACGAUCGUUUCACAACAUUGGCGCCCAACAAAACGAACCAUUUUAGUUUGUGGUUUGUAGAUUUUAGAAUUUGUGUUCUGUUUGUAGCACAAUUCUCUUAUUUUGUAGCACAUUUGUAGAACCUACCACUUUUUUAGUUUUUGUCUAGUUGGCUAAUUAAGACCUUUUGGAUCAUGGAUCUAGCAAGCCUAUCAGAAGAAGAGAUCAGUUACGAACUGGCCUUGCGCCACGUGAACAAUCUCGGGGCACUUCCUCGCAGGGCAAGAGCAGUUCGCUUGCGUGCUCUUAUGCAGGAUGAUGAAAUAAAAGGAAUACUUUACGACAAUUCCUCCCAUGUUAUGGAUGUGGGAGACAAUAUCAGUCAAUGUCAAUCUCGCGUGCGCGAAUUAAUACCCGAAGUGGAAGCAGCAUUGAAGCGCGGUGAUCUCCCAGCAGUUCGUUUACUACGGUCGCGGUUAGUGCACUAUCGGGACAGACUAUCCAUCGUGGAUCCACCGGUAGCUUUCCUCGACACACACGCAGCCGUGGCGCUUUUAGUGCAGUUUUCCCUGGAAGAUGUGGACGAUGCGCUAGGAAGAACGAAGAAAAGUGCCAGACCAGUGAACAGUGACAGUGCUAACAGAAGCAGUACCGGUGCAGUUCCAAAAGGGACCACACAAUCUUCGACCGUGACUGAAGGAGACUUCCUAGGAUUCGACGAGAAUGGAAAUCCAGUCAACCAUUCGGGUACAUCGAAUCAAGCGUCCAUCAUCCACGCUGAGCGACAACAGCGACAUACAGCAUCUCCAGUGACCGAGCCGACAGCAGCUAGACCUCAACGCGACAGCUCAACACUCCACGACAACGAGAGAGGCGCUGCAUCGUUAGAAGCCAUGCGUACCACGCGAGGAAGAGGUUGGAGCGCGGUUGGUCAGCGAGUCGUCCCGAACAACAGGUUUGAAGCGCAGAAAAACUCCAGCUGGCGAGAACCAACGAUGGGCAGCACCAUUCCACCACCGCCAUAUGAACCGAUAAGAACCGAUGCGGGCGAAGCUGAUGCGAGAGGUGACUACAACCAACUGCGGGCCGAUCUACUGCGACAGCUGAACUACAGGGCGCAAGAACACGUUCCAAGACCGCUGUUAGAAGAAAGAAGAACACUGAAGGCCAUCCAUAACUGGCCGUUCAGAUACAAAGGCGAGAAGGAUGGGUCGUCGCUGAACACCUUUCUGCAACGUGUGGAGAUUUUCGCUGCAUCGGAAGGAGUAACGGAGGAUGUGCUGCUGAGGAACGUCAAACAUCUGCUUCUGGACGACGCGCUCAACUGGUACAGCAAUGUAUACGUGUCGGGAGAGUUGGUAACCUGGGACGAUUUCAAGCGGCUGAUCAGACAAGAAUUCUUGCCGGCGAGCUACGCCUACAUUCUGCGGGCCGAAGCAUACCACCGCUUGCAGGGCGAAGAAGAGCCGUUCUCCAAAUUCUACCAAGAUAUAUCCACUCUCUUCCAAUACGUAGAUCCUCCGGUGACUGAUCAAGAGAAGCUGUUCAUCAUCAAGAAGAACAUGAACUCCACGUAUGCUCCGAUUGCCGCAUCACACCACUCCAUACGUCUGCUGGUGAAGGCGUGCAAAGAACUAGACGAACUCCGGAAGCUACAGCAUCAUCAGCGACGCAUCUCGCUACCGUAUGGGGCACUGAUUGAACCAGCGCUGGCUACUCCGAACUCUUCGCUGCGUCCGUCGAAGCCACAACUACCGCUCCAAAGAUUUGGAAAGGUUCAUGCUAUGGAAACGGAAAGCUUUCACAGUUAUGGAGAAAGCUGUUCGCCAACAGCCUACAGUGCAGAAGCAGAACAGGUAGCGCAGGACGAAGAUAAGAUGGACCAGCGGAUGGAAGCCCUGUUACAGCAGGUGAAUGCGUUGAAGCUGAGAUUCGACCGUCGAGAAGCCGUAGGAAGGCAGUCACCCAACCAACAGUUCCCACAAAUGUCAGCGAGCAAUCCUAACAACCAUCGCCAAGUUCCUGAGGCAAACAACGCUCGAGAUCCACCGGCGGCGAUGAUCUGCUGGAACUGUGACGAAGGGGGACACCGGUUUAUGGACUGCGCCAAACCCCAGGCAGUACUGUUCUGCUAUCGCUGUGGACAAAAGGGAUUCUCGUUGCGAAGUUGCCCGACCUGUCUUCAACGCUCGGGAAACGCGCAAGCGGGGAGCCAGUAACAGAGGGUAGGACAUCCUCGCCUCAAUUCGACGAUCCCUCUACAAUUCCUGACCUAGCUCAGAUCAACUCACUGAUCAUCAACCCCGACAACGACAAUCGUCCGCACGCAGUGGUAGACAUACUCGGGAAACAAGUUACCGGAU